CGAAGACAAAGUUGUCUCCUUCUCCGAAAAAUAACGGCCGUGUAGUAGACAAAAAGCAUCAAGAUCAUGUUGCUGCAGAUGAAACAAAAACCCUCGCGGAGCAAAGUGAGGACCUGUGCAAGCAGCGUAUGCAUUGCAAAAGUAUCCCAUCGCACUAGUAUAAAUGGCAUUACAAAUUUUCUCAGCAUGAAAGCUGGAACUUGUCAUGCUGUUUUACCUUAAGAACAAAACUUGUCAUGCAUAGUUGCAAUUACUACGAGUACGAGACUUUUGCACAGGAUACAGCGGCUACAGGACCAAUUUUCCAAACGUUGGUCCACUCUGGUGAACAAGCAAAUCCACACGUUUCGAGCUGAGGGCAAGUUCUUGGCGGAUUGCCUGGAGGAAUACAACUUCAACGGGUUGAGGAAGAUGAAAAAAAAACUCCACCCCGACACCUACCAGCUCCGGUUACUGUACGAAUAUCGGCACCAAAAAGGGACGACGAAAAUGCCGUUAGAUUUGUUUUUCACCGACGUUCUGAAGACGAGGUACCAAAACGCCUUCGAGUUGAAGGUUUUACCCGAAAAUUUAUUUCAGCGCGGAGGCGUCCCGCGCCGGGACUUCGUCAACCGCGCGGGGAAUUUGGCUUUUCGGAUUUGGAAGGAGAUCGAGUUGGG